AUGUUUGGUUGAGCUAUGAAUGAAGGGCCAUCAUUCCGGUGGCUCCGAGGAGGAAAACACAGUUUUCUACUCUCGCUACGUGUAUUUAAAAUGAACGGCCAGGUUUUUCUAUCAGGUACUUGAAUGACCAGUCAACCACAUUCCAUCUCUUUGCCGGGUUUUCUUGGAUGCUCUAUUCUACUCCAUACAUUUUAUUCCUCAGAGAUUCCCCAGGACCUCUUUAGACCAAUGCCUUAGUUUUUAAAUUUCUUUCCAGAACCUGCACACAAUCCAUUUAUAUUGUUGCAAUUUUUUGUUUCAGUAGAAGUUAGACCUCAUCUUCAUCUUAAUAAUCCUCACAAAUCUUCACCUGAUAUCAAGUUAAAAGGAACAUCUGAACCCUCACGCGUACGUGACAGAAAGCAAGAGCCACCAUGUCCUCCAUUCUUCCCUUCACACCCCCGGUGGUGAAGCGCCUCUUGGGAUGGAAGAAGACUCCGGCCGGGAGUGGAGGAGCGGGCGGAGGAAUGGGUGGAGUCGGGGAGCAGAAUGGAGGAGGGCAGGAGGAAAAAUGGUGCGAGAAAGCAGUGAAAAGCCUGGUGAAGAAGCUGAAGAAGACCGGCCAGCUGGAUGAGCUGGAGAAAGCCAUCAGCGCACAAAACAGCAAUACAAAAUGUGUAACAAUACCCAGCAAUUGCUCAGAACUGUGGGGUCUGGGCUCAGGCCACACGAUAGAGCAGUGGGACUCUACAGGCAUGUACGGAUACCCUGACCAUAGCAGGUCACUCGAUGGCCGCCUUCAGGUUUCUCAUCGUAAAGGCCUGCCUCAUGUCAUCUACUGCCGCCUGUGGAGAUGGCCUGACCUUCACAGUCACCACGAGCUUAGGGCCAUUGACACUUGCCAAUAUGCAUUCAACCUCAAGAAGGAUGAAGUUUGUGUCAAUCCUUACCACUACCAGAGAGUGGAGACGCCUGUGCUGCCUCCUGUGUUGGUGCCACGCCAUGCAGAGAUUCUGACCGAGCUUCCACCUCUAGACGACUUCACAAACUCUAUCCCUGAAAAUACCAACUUUCCUGCAGGCAUAGAACCUCCUAACAACUAUAUACCAGACACUCCUCCUCCGGGAUAUAUGAGUGAAGAUGGAGAAACCAGCGACCAGCAAAUGAAUCAAAGUAUGGAAUCAGGCUCACCAGCAGAAAUGUCACCAAGCGCUCUGUCACCGGUCAGUCAUGGCCUAGACCUUCAGCCGGUCACCUACAGUGAACCAGCUUUCUGGUGCUCUAUAGCUUACUACGAGUUGAACCAGCGGGUCGGUGAGACCUUCCACGCCUCGCAGCCAUCUCUGACCGUCGACGGCUUCACGGAUCCCUCCAACUCAGAACGCUUCUGUUUAGGCCUUCUCAGCAAUGUCAACAGAAAUGCCACUGUGGAGAUGACAAGGAGGCAUAUAGGUCGUGGUGUCAGGUUGUAUUACAUCGGAGGGGAGGUAUUUGCCGAGUGCCUCAGUGACAGUGCCAUCUUUGUUCAGAGUCCCAACUGCAACCAGCGAUAUGGGUGGCACCCAGCUACUGUCUGCAAGAUACCACCAGGCUGUAAUCUGAAGAUUUUUAACAACCAGGAGUUUGCAGCCCUGCUAGCCCAGUCGGUCAACCAGGGCUUUGAGGCAGUGUACCAACUAACCAGAAUGUGCACAAUCAGAAUGAGCUUCGUCAAGGGUUGGGGAGCAGAGUACAGACGCCAGACUGUAACCAGCACUCCUUGUUGGAUCGAACUUCAUCUCAAUGGCCCCCUCCAGUGGUUGGAUAAAGUGCUGACCCAGAUGGGUACCCCAACAGCGCGCUGCUCUAGUAUGUCCUAAAACGAGAUCCAUGCAAAGUCAGACUGACAUUUCACAACGUCAAAACAGUUUGUCUUAAAGGAGACUACCAUGCAGUCUUAAAUAAUGUACUAAUAGCGUUUAAAAAAAAAAUAAAAUAAAGCGAAGAACAAAAUGUCAUACAGUGGACCAGAAGAUAGAAGAACGGCAUCUGUAAAGGAUUACCCUGGAAGUUUGUUUGCGGAGCUGAAUAUUUGUCAACCUUAUAGUUGAAAUUGGCCUGCAAAUCCAUAUCAGAACUCAGUGUAGAAAGAGUGAUUUUCAUUAUGGACAACGACGACGUCAACAUCUGGGCUCUGAUCAAGAAACCUGAAGCAGGACUGAGCCUUACUGUCCUCAGGGACGACACAGCAGUUUUGGGGAUCAAGCACGACACCUAGUAAUUUUUUGAAACCGUCUGUCCUACCCACUGGCUCAGCUCAACUCUGAUUUAGUGUGAAUAGUUCAGUUUACACAAUGUUAACCAACUGCCACUCCAGCUUCUAAUUAACCAAAGUCAGACUCACUACUUAGCAUGACUUUUCCCCUGUCAUCCAUCCUGUUUUAUUCAAGUUGUUGUGAUCAUUGACCUGGUUAUCUUGGAGUGUGCUCUUCAGCUCUUGAAGGAAACAAUUUGUUGGUGUUUGUAUCAUCACACGUACACAAACACUCUGUUUUUAACACAAAUUGUCCUCUGCAAACUUGAUGUAAGUUUAAAGAUGUUUGUUCAUUGGAUAGUGGCAAAUUAAAACUCCUAUAUAUAAAUAUAUUUAGAGCAGUAUCAGUGAUUGCUCAGCACAAAUAAAUAAUGGAUAAAUUAAGAAAUUCUUAGAUCAAGAAGAAGAGCAUACAACAUCCCACCUCUGCAUCUGCAGGAAACCAAUCAAGUGUUUUUUAAAAAAAAAUCUUUGAUAUCACAGUAUUUAACCCACUUUGCAUGCUCUUACUCCUUCUGUUACACGAUAUACCAGUAGCUUUGUUUAGAGCUUCAUCUUUGCUUCUGUCUGUCUGACAUGCAAUAAGAGGAUUAUCUCUGAGAUUUCCAAAUAUAAAAAAAAAAAAUGCACAAGUCUAAUAUUUUGAACUGAUGCAGUUUUCAAAUUCUAACAAAUUAUCAAGAGAAAAAGUCCUCAAAGGUAGGACUUUAAUCUAUAAAUCUAUAAAAUAGCUUCUAUACUGUACUUGCACUGCCCCAAGUUAUGCACCCCUAAGAAAGUUGCCUUCGAUGUCAAAUACAAUAUGCUCUGAAUUGUCCAUUAAAAGUAAACAUACAUUUUUCUCCUCUCCCUCCAUUGCCACUGUAAAGAAUUUUGUUCUUCAGUCGUCUAUUGCAUUCGUUGAUCUGAAAACCAGCAAUCUCUUUUGGUAUUUUACAGUAAGGUGUUCAAGCUUUAAGUGUUCAACAAGCUAGUUAUAAUACACAUUUAUCGUUUUCUUUACAAAUGGUUUUAGCUACAUUUAUUUUGUACUUUUUUUAUAUAUAUAUAAAUAUAUUUAAAAUGUUCUCUUUUUCUUAGAUGGUAUUUUUGUUCUUUAGGAAAUACCCUUUGUUUUGAAUAGUUACAGCUUGAUGAUGACUUGUGAUUUUUGGUGUAUUAUAAGGAUUUACAAUUUCCAGUAACUUACCAUUAAAAACAUGUUGAAAUGUGCACCCUCAAACUCCGAAUUUGACUACCGGAAUCAAAGUGACAAGAUCUUUGAUUAUUAUAAUUAGCUACUCUCAAUGUUUUUUGUUGUUGUUUUUUUUUAUAAAUUAUUUCAUUGUUAUUACCAACUUUUCAGCAGCACAAAAGCUGGGGUGUAACCAAAGACUAAGCGUGCGCAUAGAAUUUCAGGACUCUGCUUGAUCAGUCAUAUCACCUUUUUUGAGAGAAUUAAAUAAUGAAAUAGCAGAUUUUUGGUGUAAUUUGACCUAUUUUACAACUGAGGAAACUGUUUGUUGAAAUGUCUUAUAACCCAGAACAUUCCUGUAUGCAAUAGACAUGGGUCGCUAUAGGAUUUUCACAGUUUGACGGUUAAAGAUUAAUGUAAAGACUAAGGUCAAAAAUGAAUAUCUUGACCAUAUUGCAGCACAUUUGGAUGAACACUGUGGGUAUUACAGUUAUAUAAUCUGACAUUUCUAUUCAUAUCAUGUUAAGUUCAUAUAAGUGUUCAUAUUGCAUUUUUAUCAUCCUGCUUUUUAUUAGAUCAUGUAGGAUGUACCACAGGGCGAUUUUUAAACUUUGGUCAAGGUAAGUGGCCCAUGCCUGUUAUGCAUAUGAAAGCUUUCACCAGCAUUAGUGAAACAACAGUUUCAAAACUCUGUGCUUACACACUGUAGAUUUUUGUUUACAUGCUCAUAUUCACUCCAAGCUGCAUUCUGUUUAAGUGGAUAUUAAACAGAAUGUCUUAAAAAUAGAUAGAAAGAAAUUUGAAAAUUCGGUCAAACAUCUAAAUGUCAUUUUGACUCAUGAUUUCAAUCUGUGUAUUUUCUCCAAACAAAACGGAAUUACUUGGUUUGCAUGCUAAAACCGAAGGGAAACUGCACAUUACAAAUAUGUUUGGUAAGACAAAUCACAGAAGGUUUAGUUUUUUUGUUUGUUUGUUUGUUUUUCCUUUAAUGUCUUUGCAGAGACUAGAUUUAAAGCAUUUGCCUGCACAAAUUUGAAGCAAAAGUGCAUAAAAAACAAAUGCUAGUUCUGCAGAGUAGCUUUGUCUGGAUGUUUAUUUAACCCACAAUGACACCUUGUCAUGGAGAACUGUUAAUAGUAUUUUUUUUUUCUUUCUUUAAAUUGGAUUGAAGUUACUCAUGACCUGAAGCCAAUUUUAUAUCUCUGUUCUGCAACUUUCCCACCUGUCUCAUAAUUUUGCUGGCUCAGCAAUGUCUUACAAGCUGAGACUAAGAUAUGUUUACUUCUAUUUCACAGAUGAUACAAGUGUUAGUUCUAUGCAUUGACCUAAAAGUGUUCGAACUGUAUGCCCAGGAAAUCUUCUUAAUGGCUAUACCUUUUACUUGCAUAUUGGCAUGAUCCAUCAAGAGCCUUUGCAAUAGAUUGUACUGUCAGACCAACCAGCUGUUCUCCCUUUUAGAGGCGAGCUGGAAUCAAAUGCAGUAAAGGACACUUUAACACAUUCUGAUGUCUGCAUUCCUACAUACAGAUCAUAUUGUAUUUUCUUCUUAUUGUGAUGACAAUUGUGUAUUCCAAAACGAGCAUCUUUCCAGCAAAUGUCCUAUGAAAGAAGCUUUUUGGAUAAAGUGAAGUUCCUACAUGUCACUUGUGAUGUUGUAUAAUGUUAUAUAGUUGUUACUUUUUAUUUUUCCAUACAUGUUGUUCCCUCUGCUUGCUAUAAACGGAGCAUAUCCACUAAAACGCAGCCUGUUAGAAUUGAUGUUCUUCAAGCGAUGAUCUCCAUAGGCUUUCCAACUAUCCAACAUUUACGACUUCUUACAGUGUACACUAAUAAAGCUGUUUUACUUCAAUGAA